AUGAAUUGCUACGAAGAAUACAUAGCAAAUGCAUAUCAAUGUCCCACGUGUUGGAAGUCCAUCGGGAACAUGGAAAUUUACUUUCGACGCAUCGAUGCUAUUGUCGCGGAGCAAAAGAUGCCUUCGGAAUACGAUCAUUGCCUCGCUUUCAUAUUGUGCAAUGAUUGUGAGAAACGAAGUACUGUGAAGUAUCACUUCUUAUAUCACAAAUGUCCCAUCUGUAAGGGAUAUAAUACCAAACUAUUGGAGACAAAAUAUGAGACACCAGAGGAAGAAGAAGUAUUAUCCGAACCCGGCGAAGGUUCAAACACCUCACCGGGGUCUAGCGUUGCUAAUAAUAACUUGUCAAUCAACGGAUCGCAGGUGAGGCAAUCGAGAGUGAUGGAGAUUACGGCCAUGAUGCAAGGGGAGGAGGGGCCGGUCGAUGAUGGAAAUGCAACUGAACGUCAUACAAGUCAAUGCUCGUAG